UGGACUACUAGCAGACAGCAGCUUAAUGGAAUCAAAAUAUGUUGCUGGGAGGUGAUCUGACUGUGGACCAUUAUCAUAAUCCAGGCAGGGCGAUAGGUGGGAAGGAAUCUACUAGGGAUGAAAGGGUUAUCGGUUUCACGAUAAAUACGGUAAAAUUCCAGACGGUUAGUAUUUCCAUUUAAAUUUGAAUUAUCAUUAAAACCGUGUUUGAUUACCACAGUUUGAAAAACUCACAGUAAAUACUGUCCAGRAUCAACAAAAGUUAGCAGUCUGACGCAGGUGCAACGUGGGUUUUGUUUUGUGUGAAAACAUGGCGGAAGGCAGUGACAGUGCUCGUGAGAUUUUUCAGCCUUCUAGGAGGACCAAAUCUGAAGAAUCGAAGAAAGGGGGCAACAAUUUAAAUCUCUUGAGUCAUCUUCGUGACCACCACCCACUACUUUAUUGCGAAUGCAAGAGUGGGCGUGCAGCAGGCAAACCCAGUGAUGCUACUAGUCCCUCCUCGUCUACAGUUGUGACACAGACACUCAAGCAUUUAAAAGGCAGGCUGCUUAUGUACCCACAUCAAAACAUGCUCAACACCUCACUGCAGCCCUUUCAUAUUACAUUGCAAAGGACAUGAUGCCAUUUCAAAUUGUUGAGAGGCCUGGCUUUCUGAGGCUGAUGAAGGUUGCCGUGCCUCACUACAAAGUGCCAUCACAAACUAUAUUUUCCAAGACUGAAAUCCCAAACCUGUACAACCAGGUUAAAACUGAUGUUGGAUAAAGUUUGGCUCAAGACACAUGGUUUGCUGCAACUACUGACCUCUGGACCAGUGAAAGCAGGGGGUGGUCAACCCUACAUCAGCUUCACUAUCCAUUACCUCACACCAGACUGGCAAAUGGAAUCAAACUGCCUGGAAACACAGUUCUUCCCAGAAGAUCACUCGGCUCACAACAGAGAGGUUUUUGAGAAUAUGCUGGAAGAGUGGGGGAUCAACAAGAAAGACCUGGUCUGCAUAACCACAGACAACGCAACCAACAUGAUCAAGGCUUUUGAAGGGUUCCCAGAUCUGUGGCURGGGUGCUUUGGCCAUCAUUUGAACCUGGUCAUCUCAAAGGCUCUGAAAAUUCAGAGAGUUGACACAGCAGUCAAGGCCUGUCGUCAUCUGGUCCAAGGCUUCUCACGGAGCUGGAAGAGAUUGAGAGAAAAGCAAGCUGCCCUCAACAUGCCACAGAAGGCUCUGAUCCAUGAUGUGGUGACCCGAUGGGGAUCUACACACAAGAUGCUUGAGCGUUUCCUCAGCCAACAGCAGCCAGUCGGUGCAACACUGACUGGAGAAAGAGGAACAUGGCAUCUGAUGCCCAAGGAUGCCGACAUAAGUGUCAUGGAGCAACUAUGCCAGCUUCUUGAACCUCUGAGCAAGUUUACAGAUGCACUUGCCUCAGAGACACGAGUGACACCGUCAGCCAUCAAGCCUGUCCUGGACCACAUCACCCGUGAUGUUCUGGUGGAAAAGGAUACGGAGCCAUCCCUGACCAAGGAGAUGAAAAGGGUAAUGAGAGAAGACCUUAACAACAGAUACACAGAGAAGGAAAGAGAGUCAUCCACAUGGCUUGUUUCAUUGACCCCCGCUUCAAAAGGAGCUUUUUAGAUGAGCCUGAGGCUGCAAAAGUUGACACUGACAGCUGUGUCCAGGAGGCCUUGAAGCUGGCAGCUGCACAAGUCAGGGAAGAACCACAAAGCACCAGCAGCACCUCCACCACCAACACCCCCACAGUGGCAUCGGAGGGGAAAGGCCUGGCUGGGUUGCUGAGAAAGAUUACCUCAACAAGGCAGCAGAGAGGUGAAGAGGGUCAGAUUCCGACCUCCCCAGAAGACAGAGUGAAAGAAGAGAUCAAGGUCUACCRGUCUCUGCCACCCAUUCCAGCAGAAGAGGAUCCACUGGUGUGGUGGAGGGGCCAUGCAUCAGAGCUGCCUCACCUUACCAGGGUUGCCAGGAAGCUUUUGUGCAUCCCAGCAACCAGCGUGCCAUCAGAGAGUGUUCAGUGCCAGCGGGCACAUUGUCUCCCCUCGCAGAUCACUACUUAAACCUGACAAAGUAAAUAUGCUGACAUUUUUACAUUUCAAUCUCAAGUGAACAAAGAUGCAUACAUACAUGAUGUUAGACCAGCAGCACCUUGUUUCUUUAUGAAGGAGAGAACAGACAUACAAUCAGUGCUGUUCAUUUGAUUUGUUUACAUAUUUUAUGUUAUCUUAAUGUCAACACCUGCACAUUUGAUUUGCUUAAGGUUGUGUUCAUUUAAACCUGCACUAAGGAAACUUUUACCUCUCAUGGCCACAUGGUGCCAUCUUUAAUGUUAGUGUUAUUAUUUUUGUGUUUAUGCACACAAAAAGUGUAUAGUGCUGCUAAUUUUAUUUGUUGUUUGUUGG